AUGGAACUCAACAUAGAUGAUUUAGAAUGCAUCAUCUGCAAAAAGAUAUGCAAAGAUCAGAACACGUUGUCAGACCAUUUAUCCUUGCACGUACUAGAUACAUCCGCUGAAGCAACUCGUGCGUAUCGAAACCAGAAGCGAAACCGGUCACCACCUCGCACAAUAGAUUUCUUCCCUGAUCCAUUGAGGCUCAAGCUUGAUCCAGCCCCUCAGACUGCACCACCAUCUCUUGAGCUCCCACUCGCCCCCAAAUCCAACCAAGCUUUGGUUGAACCUAUGAAUGUUCAUCAAGAACCUAAAGAAAAUCAAAAAGAAAGUGAAGUUUCAACUACUCUUAGUUUGAGUUAG